AUGGCCCAAAGGGCGAUUCGGCUUGGCAGCAUUUCCUCCACUCAAAUCUUCUCCACUUUCAGCAAAUGGCAUCGUCCCGACACUGCUCUUCGCCGGAUUAUAGUCCAGAACAGCCACGGCCUUGCUUCUAAAUCGAAAAAUGCGGUUUCUGAAAAGGCUUCUGGGUAUGUUCUAUGGGAUCGUGUGUUAUGCGCGCUAAGUGCUCGAUCAAAUGCCAGAGUGAUGGAUAAAUUAUUGAACUUGGGAGAGAAGGGUAAGAGGAAGUUGUCUGUUGAUGAAGCUUCUUACUAUAGGGAAGCCUUGGUUGCGCUGAGAUUGGCCAAGGAGGUCAUUAGAGCGAUUCAGACUUCGAGAGGUAAUGCCAUUGCCCAUUUGAAUCGGACUGGUGGGUUCUCUCGGUCUCUGGCGAAUUCGUCCACGGAUUGGCCUUGUUUGUUGCUUGAGCUGAUGUCGCAGGCUGCUGAGAUUGAUUACUUUCAGCCGAAGCUGGUAAUAAACAAAAUUGAAGUACUGAAAAAUGCAUUGUUAACUUAUGACAAGAUGGUGUCUGGAUCAAUGUACCAUGACAGUCUGAUAUGGAGAAUCAUUGCGCUGGUUGCCAAUGAGAAGUGUCUUCCCGUUAUGCUUGUGACUUCUGAUAGCUACUAUUCUUACAGGGCCUUCAUGGAUUUUGGUUUUCCGGAUAUCUUUAUCUCCCGAGAGUCCUUUGGAUGGACUCCAAGGGAGGCUGAACUGCACAUGGUUGCUGACUACUUCAGUCAAUCAGAGUGGAAGUUGAUAGUUGAAGUGCUUGGACCAAGCCCUAGGCAUCUGUUUGAACUUUAUGCACUCAAGCAAAGCAUCUAUUACCAGAAGGUACUGGAGGACAAGGAUAGCACAUUUGAGGAUGUCAUCGAUGCAUAUUUAGCUUAUCUGCAGAUAAUUGUUGUAAAUCCUGCGAUGGAUAAAGCCAUUGUGAUCCUAGAGAAGUUUGCUGAGGAUGCAAGAAUGGGCAAGAUUCCAAAAGAUAGACUGCGCUUUGGUUCUCCUUGGAGGCAUCCUCCAAAGGAUGAUCCUAUUCGGUCCUCCAAGUGGGCCAAGCUCCAACUCAUGGAUUCUAUUCAGACUCUAGCGAACACUGAAUUUGGGAUUAGUUAUCUAGCUGACUGUAGCUUGGAGAUUCUGGAUGAUCCAUGCACAGGCGCAUUGAUCGAGGUUGGUUUACUAUACGCUCAACGUGAUCCAUCCUUCAUUCGAUCCAUAUAUAAAGGAAUUCAACGGUGUCUAGCGAGAUGGCUUGUGAAGGAGAAGAUGCAAAUGGAUUACGGGUCUUCGUUCCAAUUUUUGUGGCAACGGUUCAUACGUGGUCGGAGCUAUCGUCAUCUGAUGCUAGAAGUUGGUUAUAGUAAAUUUUUAAUCCUGGGUAUGUUGUGUCUAAAUUUUUAA